GGCAUCGCCAUGUAAUAAGUUGCAAGCCCUACGAAAACUGAAGCAGAGAAUUACAUCCGCGGAAAAUAGUACACGAAGAAUAAACGGCUAGUAGCACAACCAAAACAAAUCCACGGUUUCGGCCUUGCAUAGCUCCGCAGGGGUGGCACAACCGCGCCGGAAGCCUCCAGCGUGCACGACGUCACUUCCGAAACAAAUGCUACGCGCGAGGCUUGUUUUGCGCGCAGUGUUUCUGCGUGCUGUUGCCCACACGUGCUUUGUGUUGUCGGUGGAAGAGAUGGCCGGUAUGAUCAUCGACGCCGAGUUGAUGAUCGCUGCUGUUGAGCAGCGGCCAGCUUUAUGGAUGGCCAGCCACCGACAACACAAGGAUAAGUAUGUCAAGGCGGCGUUGUGGAGAGAGGUUGCGGCCGCCGUCAUGCCUGGUGUGGGCAUUGAAGGUAAGUUGACCGGUGGACUUUGAUGCCCGGCUUAUGUCAGCACUGUUACUAUACAUUGUUGUAAUUGUUAUUUGUGCAGUAGGCGUCGAACUUGUCCAAAAGCGAUGGAAGUCGCUGCGGGACAAGUUUCGGCGUAUCUUCUUUGCCCACAAGAAUCGGCAGAGGAGCGGUGCAGGCCAAGAGGAUGUUGAAUCGGGGGACAGCACGUGGCCAUUUUUUGACCUGCUACUCUUCCUAAAGGACACCAUGCAGACAAGGGUGACAUCGGGCAAUUACACAAACAGCGAGGCAAGCCCAGGAAGCCAGCCAGUCAGCCCAGCAAGCCAGAUGUCGAGGCCUGCCAGCCAGACAAUCAGGCCUGCAAGCCAACCAGUGGGGCCUCCAAGCCCAGCUGCUAGCUCGCAGCAGACUGCACAGGAGCUCCUUGGGAAUAUAAUGCAAUUUGAGGACAUUGAUAGUGAAGUAUUAUUAGAAAGCUCUAGAGACGCGACCUUUCAAACACCCUCCCGGGCACCAUCGCCAUUUAACCAGGUGCCAGCCCAAGCAGUCGCAUCUGCUGCACUUGAAACACCUCAAAGAAAUGGUCUUCUUCCUCAGCGCAAAGGCGCGAAAAGAAAACAUAAUAGUAAUGAGAAUGAUACGCAUUUUGCCGACCUCUGCGAGGCUCUGAAGAAAACAGAGCCACGCAACCAACAUGAACAUUUUGGAUUGUGUCUGGCAAAAUACAUGGAGGAUGUGCCUAAAAACAGGUUGUUAGAAUUCCAGAUCAGAGUUUUCGAACUUCUGAAAGAGUUUUCAGACAAAUAA